AUGGUCCUCAGCCUCAUUGCAGCCGGAAAAGACACAACGGCUAGCACUCUUACAUGGUUUAUUUAUAUGCUCUACAAGCAUCCUCAUAUACAAGAAAAGAUUUCACAGGAAGUUAGAGAAGCAAAAAAUCUGAAAGAUAAUUCAAGCAUUGAUGAGCUUUCAGACAACCUUACUGAAGAGGCCCUUGGGAAAAUGCAAUAUCUCCUUGUAGUUUUGAAUGAGACAACUAGGCUGUACCCUGCUCUUCCACUAAUGGAUUUAGUGUCAAAACAGGUGAUGUGGUGGCAUACCAUGCUUACGGCAUGGGCAGGAUGA